GUCGAUGAGGACUGUCCCUGGCUUAUUCCAAAUCUCUCUACGCUCUGCAUCACUUCAACAUUUAUAGAGUAUCACUCAAGAGAAGCGUUUGGAAAACUUGUGGAGGACGCUUUGACUCAUGCAUCUCUUUAUCUGAAGAUUUAAUUAUUUUUAUUCCUACGUUUUAUCUUUGUGUUCUGGACGCUACUACCUCAAUUUAAAGCAAAGCAAAGACAGCCAUUUUCAUCUGUCGCAGCUUACCUUAGAAUAUGAAAAGAUUCAUGGGCAGGACACUGAGACUAGGUCUGACUCUUUUCCUCACACUCUGUGUGGACAUAUUAGAAGCUGGAGGAACGAGGGAGGGAGCAAAUGCUGAAAGCAAACGCUCAUCGCGCUCUACAGAUACCAAAGCCGGUCGGUGCUCCUACACCUUCAUCGUUCCACAGCAGAAACUUACCGGGGCUCUGUGUUUGAACACACAGACAGCGCAGGCAAACCGCUCUGAGGUGGCGGCUCUGCAGACGGAGCUCAAGCGGCAGCAGGAACAGCUGGAGAAGCUCCAGCGCCAGCUGGAGCAUGAAGGGUCUCUUGCCACUGAAGUAAGAGCCCUGCGCAAAGAGAGCAACAACAUGAAUGCUCGCAUUGCCCAGCUUUACGCCCAACUACUACAUGAGGUCAUCCAUAAAAAAGACCAGGCUUUUGAACAGCAAAGGGUGGAGAGCCUCUUGCUAAAUGCUACAACACAGGUGUCCAGUAAUUACAAGGAACUGGAGAAGAAAUAUGGUGCCAUGACCUCCACGAUGAGUUCCCAAAACCAAUUAAUUGCUCAACUGGAGAAGCAGUGUCAAUGCAAAGACUCCAGCCAGUCUUCCCUGCAUGUUCUGGACUCGGGUGAAACCACCAGCGGAAUCUAUCUGCUUCGUCCACGUAGUGCCAACCGACUCCUGCAGGCCUGGUGCGAGCAGAGUCACGCUCAGGGAGGCUGGACAGUGAUCCAGAGGAGACAGGAUGGCUCUGUCAACUUUUUCAGGACCUGGGAACAGUACAAGCAAGGCUUUGGGAAUCUGGAUGGAGAAUACUGGCUUGGCCUAGAGCACCUCUACUGGCUGACUAAACAGGCCCAGUACAAGUUACGCGUGGCCCUGGAGGACUGGCAGGGUCGGCAGGUGUUUGCAGAGUAUGACAGCUUCCACCUGGAGCCAGAAAGUGACUGGUAUCGCCUGCGCUUAGGGAAAUAUCUCGGCAAUGCAGGGGACUCCCUCUCCUGGCACAACAACAAGGCCUUCACCACUCUGGAUCGGGACAAGGACGGCUACUCGGGUAACUGUGCUCAUUACCAGAAAGGAGGGUGGUGGUAUCACAUGUGUGCCCACUCCAACCUGAACGGCGUGUGGUAUCGGGGUGGACACUAUCGAAGUUUACCCGUGAUCCUCAGCCCCGCUGAAGUUGUGGUGAGGUAUGGGGACCCAGUUGAAAUUAACUGCACAUCUCUCAUAGAUGUUGCAGGAAUAGGCUGGGAGGCCUCUGUUGGUGAGCCUCCCGAUGUUGUGUCAGUCUCUAAAGUGGGAGAUGGUCCUAUGACAGAGGGGAUAAAGUACACCCUAAAAUGUGAUAUCAAGAAUGUGGCACCCGUGCAGCUCCAAGUAAAGUGGUACAAAGGAAAUGAAACUCUGCUGUCAAAUGACUACCAACAAGCUGAUGUGUAUCCGGCCAAUGUGUCAGUGUACUUCUAUGGCACUGCUACCAGAGAUGACCAUGGAUCAGUUUUCAGGAAAGACUCUGGAGUAUACACUGCUGAGAUUGCCAAUACUAUUGGGAAUACCUCCACCAAUGUGUCCAUGACCCUUGGAUACAAGCCAAGUUUGAUCUGCCGCGAGGAGUACGAGGUUGAAGUAAACAGUGAGGUCAAAGAUCUGUGUGAACCACAGGGAUCACCGAAACCCAGCGUCACCUGGUUCAGAGAAGGUCAGAUGUUCUCCCGACGGUGGUGGAGCAAGCAGGACGCUGGAGAAUACUCUGUUAAAGCCACCAACCAGUUCGGAACGGCUGAGCACAAGUUUAACCUACACAUUUUGUAUGCUCCUGAGUUCACCGGUGGGAAUGUCACAAAGGAGUUUGUUCAAAGUGGAAAUGUGACUUUGAAUUGCAGUGCCGAGGGCAACCCCAGCCCUGUGAUCCACUGGCUGUGUCCCACUCACACCAAUGUCCAGAUGUCCACGGUGGGGCGCUAUAACAUCAUCACCGUCACCCAGGCCACGUCCAGCAAUGCUGGUGUUUACGGCUGCGUUGCCACGAAUAAAGUUGGGAAUGUGACAAGAUUUUUCUCACUGGUGGAGAAAGGGAAAACCGACGGAGGCUCUCAUGAUUUCCCAGAAUUCCUCCUCAUCAUCCUCAUCAUCAUCAUCUUAGUCCUUCUUAUAGUCAUUGACCAAUAUGACAUCAUAGAGAAGCACACACAGUCUGGCCUGGAGCUGGUGGAGAAGUAUGUGAAAUUUGUGAAGGAGAGGACAGAGAUCGAGCAAAACUACGCCAAGCAACUGAGGUUGUCCAGCUACCAGUCCUUCUUGGACAUUCUGAAUGAGACGAAUGACUACGCGGGCCAGAGGGAGCUAAUUGCUGAGAACCUGAUGAUGAACAUUUGCAUUGAUCUCACCAAGUACCUGCAAGACCUCAAGCAGGAACGAAAGACGUAUCUUUUGGAUGCCAAGAAGGCCCAGCAGAAUUUGGAGAGCACCUACAAGCAACUUGACAGCAGCAAAAAGCGCUUUGAAAGAGAGUGGAGAGAAGCAGAGCGUGCUGCACAGUAUGCAGAGAAGACUGAUCAGGACAUCAAUGCCACAAAAGCAGAUGUUGAAAAAGCCAAACAGCAGGCUCAUAUGAGAGCACACAUAGCAGACGAGUGCAAGAACGACUAUGCUGCUCAGCUCCAGAAAUACAACAAGGAGCAAAGCCAGUUCUAUUUUAAUGACAUGCCACUCAUUUUCAAUGAUCUGGAUGAAAGGCGAAUACGAAAGUUGGCACAAGGUUACCUCUUGUUCUCAGACACAGAAAAGCUUGUGAUGCCCAUCAUUGGCAAGUGCUUGGAAGGGAUUACUAAAGCUGGCACUAAUGUCAAUGAGAAGAACCAGAAUAAGUCGGGCUUUGAGCGUCCUGGAGAUUUGGAGUUUGAGGACUACAGUCAGGGAAUCAAUCGAGCCUCAUCUGAUAGCAGCCUGGGCACCCCUAAAGGCCCCCUGGACCUUCUGGGAAAGAACAAGAGCAAAAACUUUUGGCUCUUCAGCAAAAGGAGUAAGCUCUCUUCCUCCACACUCACUCCCUUCUCUACACCCCCUGCCCCCUCACCCCCAAAUGGAUUCCCUUCCCCCAAGUUUGGCCGGGACCCCCUCUCGUACUGUUUGAAGGAGAUCAAUAAGACAGUCAAACCCAGAAUCUCUUCCUUCCGGACACUCAGGAGAUCGCCCACGGUAACGGAGGACUUUGCCCAUCUCCCCCCUGAGCAGCGCAGGAAGAGGUUACAGCAGAAAUUUGAGGAAAUUUGCAAAGAGUUGCAGAAGGAAGUAGAUCAGAGUGAAGCACUCGGAAAGAUGAAAGAUGUCUAUGAGAAAAAUCCACAGAUGGGUGACCCAGCUAGUCUUGCAUCCCAGAUCAGCCAGACAUCCCAAAAUAUAGAUCGGCUCAAAGGAGAACUGAACAAAUAUGAGACAUGGUUGACUGAAGCAGGCGGCCGAGGUGACACACUACGCUAUAAAGCCCACGCAUUUAACAAUAACGGAGUUCAUGACAUACACAGCCCUGAUGGAGCUCACUCUGAUGAAAGCACUCCUGAUGCCUCUCAAGCCAUUUACGCAGAGUUUGACGAUGACUUUGAAGACGAGGAGCUAGCACCUCCUAUUGGGAAGUGCACCGCCAUGUAUAACUUCCCCGGUGCCAGUGAAGGGACCAUCUCCAUGCAGGAAGGGGAGGUGCUGGCUGUGGUAGAGGAAGACAAAGGAGAUGGUUGGACACGAGUCCGAAGGAACAAUGGAGAUGAGGGCUACAUUCCUACAUCUUAUGUCACCAUCACGCUCAACAAGUGAAACAAAUGUAGAACUGUCUGCAGUUUUCCCCCUCCCACCCCGGACCAACCAUGAAGAGGCCAUGUCACAAAAGGGCAGAAUUGCCAAGGUGUAGAGAAAGAUCCAGAUGAAGUGUUUGGAUUUCUUCAGAGAGGAGCCCGCUACACACAAAGGCAUGGUGCUAAAAGAAGGUUUCUUAAGGUUGCCAUUAAACUGAAACCCAAGUGACCCAACCAUCCAAAACCACAAAGUCAUUUAAGUUUAAAACGUUUCAUUGAGGUUUUUCUUGGUUUGCUUUAAAAGUCUUGCUCACAUCUUAGGCGUCAUUGUGGCAAAAGGGGUAUUCAUUCCAUUGCCUAAUGAAACUUUUUAUUCUGAACAUGAGAGGAAGUAGGGGUAGAGGAGGAUUUGUGCUAAUGCCACCUUUACACUGAGUGGUAGCACCUGUAAUCUUUUGGAGGAAGUCGCGUCACUUGUUUACAUUUUCAAUUUAAAAACGGACCUGCUCUGGCUCACAGCAAUCUUCUGACAGAAAGCAGAAUAUUAACCUCUUUCAGGUCUCAUGUGUUCCAAGUGGACUACUUCAUACUGGUGAUAGCAUUUGAGUUUCCCCUGGGAAUGAAUGAGGCUGUGGGGGGAAAAUACCGUGUCACCUUUGAAUUUUAUUUGUGAGGCCAAAGGUUUGGAUAACUCUUCUAUUUUGGUAUAGCACAAAAAAUAUGACCAUAUACAGACUAAAAGACGCUCAGACAAUCGCAGCCAUAUCAUCAUAGAAUUUCUAAUUUUAAUCCAUAGCAAGGAAUUAAAGUAGCUAUUUUCCUCUAAUGGUUACAACCUGAACAUUGUACUAAAAUUAUUUAUUGCAGGAUUGUAUAAAAAAUAUGUUUGACAAAAGAUGAACUUUGUAUUAAGGGUGUUCCGAUGUUGCUCUUUUCUCCUUGCACACAGUGGACAGUCCUUUAGCCAUGAAAGGGAGGAAAAAUGCACACAAAAACAGCUCCAAGGAGACUAUUGUAUUUAAAUAAUAUAUAAUAUAUAUUUUAGCUACCACAACACCACUAUUGUCUUAUUAGCUUUUAACCAUUGAAUAAAGAUUGUUUCAUUGCAGGAGAAAGCUUCAACUAUCUAAUUUUUUUUGCUAAUAUUGUUUUACUUGGAUUCACUAAAAGAGCUCACAAGCUGAUCCAUGCUCUUUUUUUUAUGUUGUAGAGCCAGCAAGAAGCAUUAUCUUUUCUGAUUGAUGCUAUUAUGUCUAUGUGCCUUUCUGGUUAAAAAUAUUGUGUAUAUACCAUUUUUGAAUAAAAUAUGUUUUCUCCUUUUCCAAGAUUUAAUAACUGUAAAAGCACAUUACAACAUUAGAAGAGGUAGUGUCAUCUCAAUAAACAGCUGAAGCACA